CCGCCGCCGCUGCAACGCUACUCUGGAGAGAAUCCACACGGAAUGCAUCAGCACAAUGAAAACCUACAUUGUUUUUAAAAGUGUAUGAAUAAUUAACGAACGUCAGGCGAACGUGCAGAAACAUUGCGCGAUAUUGGGAUUUCGAAUCAGAAAAGGCAAAGGCGGGAGGUAGGCUAUGUAUCGUGCGUUAUCCUUCCCAAUGACGGCGGAGCGUAGUCGGAAUAAGGAGCGCCUGGAAGCGAGCUUAGCCGGGCUGCGCGAACUGGAGCUGCUCAAGCAGAAGCAAGAGUUCCUGGUGCUCAGAGCACUGUCCCUGGGAGACACAACACCGGGGCAUGGCUCUUGGGGCGACCCCCAGCCACCCCGCUCCGCCCCCCCGGCUCUUACCCGUGCACAAGACGACUUGACUUUGAGACGUCAGCUGAACAGCCUGCAGUGUGCAUCCUGGGGCCUGAUGGCGGAGCUGGAGCAGCAGGUGGGGGAGCUCAGAGUGGAGGCGGAGCCUGUCUGCACCGAGCUGCCUGGAGACAUGGGAGACAGCCGUCCCAGCUCAGGGUUCUACGAGCUCAGCGAGGUGCAGUCUUCAGCAGGCCUGUCCGACUCCUCCAUCUUCGGGGAGCUCUCUCCCGGCCCUGUCCGAGCGGUGAGAGGCGCCUACCCCAGCGAGAGGCCCAAAUCUGUGGGCGAUGUCUUCGUGGCAAACCGAGAGGGGCUCCUGGAGUCGGCCCCCCAUUCCUUGGUGCCGCGCUCGUUCUCUGCGCCUUACCCGUCCCUGGAGGGCAUCGCUGAGGGGGCGGGGGAGGAGGAGCCCUGGGUGUGGGACCCCAGCGGACCCCCAGAGCUGGAGGACGAGCCCACGGCCGAGGACUACCAGCAGGCCCGCCGCGUCCACUCCUACAUCCUGGGCCUGAUCCAGCGCCGGGCCCUGCCCCCGCGGCCCUGCAAGCCCCGCACCAGCCUGGGGCCCGAAUCCCGCGGGGUGGCCCGGCAGAGCAGCCUCUGCCGCAAGGAGCCGGGCUUCGGCCCCGAGCACCGCAACCACAGCGCCUCCUGCGUGGAGGGUCCCGUCUGGGCCUUCCGCAGCCUGGACGAGGAGGACCCCUUCGGCGGCCUGGAGGAGCCCCUGCCCCUGCUCUACGCCCGCCCCAGACCCGCCUGCCUGGCGGGGAUCCGGUCUGCCUCCCUGGACUUCACCUGCGGGGCGCACGAGCCCAUGGGCGUGGAGGGGGACUCGCCCCGUUUCCACGGCUACCCCCGUCCCCGCUCGCCGCCCCCAGAGGACCGGCUGGUGAACGCCCAGUACAUCCCCGCCCAGCCCUGCCGCGCCCACCGACCCCCGCCGCCGCCCAAACCCGGCCGGGCCCCCGGCACUCCGCCGCAGAGGGCCCGGCCCGCGCCCAAGAGGUGUCGCCUCGGCGACGAGCGCCCCCCGGCCCCCAGGAAGCCCAGCAGGAAGGCGUGCCGCUCGCAGUCGGAGAACAGCCUGGUGGGUCAGCGGGGGGGCACGGCCGAGCGCAAGUACAACACGGUGGAGAGGGACGGGGGCCGGGGCGGCCAGCCCAGGACCAGGCGACCUCCGCCCGCUAACGUUAGCACCGGCUGCCGUCGCUGGAGGUCCACUCUGGAGCUGAGCCAAGACGAGGCGGAUCUCCCGGGCGACCAGGCUGCUCGGAGACCCGGCCGCAAACCCCGCCUCCCCCCGCCGUACGCCUACGGCCACGCCGUCCCCCACCACCUGCCGGAAUACAUGGAGCGAGCCCCGCUCUGUCGCCCUGAGGACGGCUACCCGCUGCCCCCCGGGGGCGACUCCGAGUCCAGCCUGAGCGAGGCCGACUCCCCCGGCUCCAGCUCCCUCUCCAGUGACUCAGAGGAGGGGAGCGGGGGCCUGGUGUGGCCCCAGCAGCUGCCCCCCCAGCUGGCCCCACCGCCCCCCACCCCGCCCGGGGCCACCCCCCCCAAGGCCUUCGUCAAGAUCAAGGCCUCCCACGCGCUCAAGAAGAAGAUCCUGCGCUUUCGGACGGGCUCCCUCAAAGUCAUGACCACCGUCUGAGACUACGACUCCCACAAUCCCUCUGUACAGCUGCCUCAUCCAUCCACAACACAGAAUCUGUCUUAAUGAGUGUUUUAGCCUUGUAACAUAACUUAAGAGUAAAGUGAAAUUGUCUUAACCGUUGGCAAUCCUUGAAAUUAGUAAAACUCAUUGGCAAUCCUGUUGUCUUAUUUACAAAAAAAGUGAAAGAAAUAAGAACUAAAUCUAAAAGAUAUUAGACUUAAGUCUAAGUAAGUAUGUCAGCCUAAAUUACUUACGUUAAGACUUAAAUACUUUUUUUUUUUUUUGCAGUGAAUGUGUGUCUCUGGUGUCCUCCUCACCCGUAUACUGUCUAUCCUGGUGAAACUCAGACGAGAGGCUUCAAGCCCCGAGGUCACUUCAUUCCCACACUCUCCUCUUCACCUCUUGUUUCUCAGAGCCCAGGCCGCGUACCUCGUUAAUGUUAACGACCGUGUCGGUGGCUCAUUGUGGGGCACACUGGUGACCCUACACUAAAGCAGCGUCCCCUCGUUCCUCUGUAGCCCGAGUCGGCCCUGCCUGCACCAGACACCAGGGUCAUGGCUGUGAACGUCCUCCUUCUCUCCAUCUCUCACUCCCUCCCUCCCUCUCUCUUUCCCUCCCUCCACUCCACUGCUCCUUUCUGGUCUGAGCACUGCAAAAACCCUUAAACCCUAUAUAUAGUCUUGUAUUUCAUUUACUUUUUGCUAAAUAAGACAAAAAUAUUGCCAAUGAGGUAAGGCAGUUUGACUCAUUUCAAGAGUAACACAAUUUUGCUUAUCAAGCAAACAUGAACUUAAAGGUACAAUAGGUAAUUUACAGGGCAGCCUGUAGCAUAGUGGUUAAGGUACAUGACUGGGACCCCUGCAAAAUGCCUUUCGUAUAAUGUAAUGUCAUUUCGGACUCCUAACGGUCAAGAGAGGAAUUGCAGCAACAAACACCCUCAAACCACAACAUGCACUGUCUUGGAAAGUUGACAGUGACAAAUGCGACAGAGCCUGCAGUCUUUUCGUAGUGUUCAAGAAAACGUUCACCAGACAGGUGACUUUAUGAAUGUUGAUUAUGAAUGCGUGCUGCACAACACUAUUUAUAUGUUUUAUCUUUUUUAAGUUUUCACUUUAGCUAACCAACUAUAUUGUGAGCAAGCAACUUAUUUGGCUAUGGAACUAGCUGGCUAUAUAACUAAGAUAUAAUAGUGUACUACAAAUAAUGCUACUGCAACUUACAGUUUGACACAAAUAAAGGUUUAGCUAAACACGCAUGAUUCAACACGUAAAGAUAUGUUGAAGGAACGUGUAGCUGCCAAAAUUGCAAUCCAGACAAGCGAUCACUGAAACUCUGUAUACUAUUGCUUAUUAUCAAAGCAAAUACAUAUCUAGUUAUAAAACCAGACCAGUUCGUUAUCAGUGGCAACGAGCAAAUUAACUAUUAGUUAACUUGCCGAGUUUACAAAUAUCCACCUGAGACACAACGC